CUUCAAUCAACACAGUGAAUCGCUACCAAUUCCGACCUCAACCACCACCCACAGCUAUCAAUACCCUCAAAAAUCACCCAAGUGACUCCUCCUGCACCUUCAGCUAUAAUUGUACGUACUGCGGUAGGAGCCGACGCUGACGCGCAGCUCGUGAUGUGCCUCUAAAUUUCCCCACGCCUUCACUGAGUAACUCCCACUAACAGCAUAUCUCCAGACACGUCGCACGUCCCCCAGCGCGUUAGAAAACAACGGACAAAGAAAUUCUCCAGCUGCAACUGCAACCUGUCGAUUAUCCUUCCCAACUGUACCUUUACCAUUCAGAGCUCGAAUACCAACAUUGGUUCCUCUGUGCUGUGGCAGAGAGACCCUUACAUUCGCCCUCGUGCUCGCCUACAUCUAGCGCCAACGAGAAACCCUUCACAACCCUCACUCCAAAUCCUCUCUCAAAUCUGGCCUUACGCUUGGGAAAAGGCCAACGGCACACCGGCCGGCAGGCCGUGGGAGAUAUACAAGUUUGGGGAGUCGGUCGAGAUAUUUGCACAAGGCCUCCGCUCUACCUAGCUACAUAAGCCCACCAUGAGACGAAGCCGAGGAGGGCCUAGCUCCUACAGAUCCAAUGGAGCACCAAUACCAGACUCUCUAUCUCUGAUCAGAUCCUUCAAUGUCGAAACCAACCCAGCUCGUCCAGUUCGACCCUCUCCAUUAACCGCAUCCACCAUUCCGGACAUGCCACUUGAUUUGGUGGACCGCAUACGAUCGUUCCCCCUCUUCCUCUCGGCUCCUGAUACGUUCCUGGCGGCCAUUGGGAAGCAUUUGCGACCACAAGUACAUACCGCACACGAUCAUAUACUGAGUGAGGGUGACGAUGCAAAGGCCAUGUACUGGCUAGUGCGGGGCGCCGUGGCAGUGACGUCAAGGGACGGAGAAGCUACAUACGCUGAAUUGAAGCCGGGAGCAUUUUUUGGAGAGAUUGGUAUCUUGAUGGAUGUGCCUCGUACGGCAACCAUCAUAGCGAGAACAAAAUGUCUCUUGGUUGUGUUGAAGAAAGAGGAUUUGAGAUUGGAGCUCCCCAACUUUCCACAGAUGGAAAAGGCAAUAAUGGAAGAGGCACAAGAGCGACUUACGAUACUCAACAAAAAAAGAAAGGAGAGUGGUUUUGGUCCCAAAAUUGUCUCUUCUACCGAGUUGCCUUCCAGAGGGUCAAAACUUGCACGGGAGCCGGCACCAGGAGAGGUUUCUACUGGGGAUGUUGGAUACAUUGACAAUGGAGUGGUGAUAAACAAGAAGAAACGAAAAUCGCCAAGUCCACAAGGAAUCGAGGAUCUAGCUGCUGGAAGUGCGUUGGGAAGCGGCUUCGUCAAUGUUCGAAAAACGUUAAAAGAUUUACCAUUAUUUUCAAAUUUGCCACCCGAGAUUCUACAUUUUCUUGGAUUGAGCGCCAUUCCAAAAACUUAUCCACCAUUUACUGAUAUUAUCCUGCAAGGUUCCUCAGGGAACGAAAUUUAUUUUAUUGUACGAGGGGAAGCAGAAGUUAUUCAUGAAAGUACAGGCAGCCCGGAUAGUCCCACACAAGAGCAGAAUUCGUACAUUCGACCUCGACUGAAACAGGGACAAUAUUUUGGAGAAGUUGCAAGCUUGGCAUUGGCUCCGACGAGGACAGCUACAGUUCGAUCCAUCACUACCGUUGAAUGUCUGAUGAUCAAUGGGGAAAUUCUUCAAGAGCUCUGGAGACGAUGUUCUCCUGAUAUACGGAACCAAGUUGAGGCGACUGCCAAAACUCGAAUUGCUACGGCGGAAUCAGAGGACGUCCAAAUGGUUGAUGUUGAAUCACCAGCCAUCAAAAAGUUGGAACUUGAGGAUGGAACGGCAACUUCACGACGUGGAUCUCUUCCUCAAGUGACGUUUACGCCUUCGAAACCAGCUAGUCCCCAUAAGCCAAGUCGUGUUGAAGAUAAAGACAUUAUGGAGCCGCUGGAUCCAGAUCCAUUUCUCAGUGUUGAUAUGGAUAACAUGAGAGCAAGAUCAGCAAGGAGGGGCUCAUUUGCACCACCACCUCCAGAUACGCCACCUCCAGAAGAAAAGAAUAAUAAACCUGGUCCAAGGACAAGGUCCAGAGCUCAAACCCCAACACCUUCAAGAGCACCCACACAUGCAGUCACGCCACCAGAUUCCAAUCGACCGAAAAGACCGAAAACAGUUCAGCGAAGACCGAGCCAAUACAAUCAAGGAAUUCUCCCAGAUGGAGUUUUGACCAUUGUUUUUUCACAUUUGGACAUCUACCAACUCAUGAAAACCCGCCUCGUCUCGUUACAUUGGGGUAAACUUCUUACCAGUUCCCUGGAUGUCUGCCAUCAUGUUGAUCUUUCUCUUUAUAACCGACGAGUCACCAACAGAGCACUCAUUGACGUUAUUUGUCCAUUCAUCGGUCGUCGAGCAAAGACCAUUGAUCUCAGUAAUUGCUUUCAUGUCACAGAUGAAGGUUUCAGUUAUCUUUCGAAUAAUUGUGGAGGCACAAUUCAAUCGUGGAAAAUGAAGAGUGUGUGGGAUAUUUCGGCAAAUGCUGUAUUGGAAAUGGCAAAUAACGCAAAACUUCUGGAAGAAAUUGACCUCUCGAAUUGUCGAAAAGUCUCUGAUAAUCUUCUCGCGCGUAUCGUAGGUUGGGUAGUCACUGAACCCAAUACUCCUGCUCAGUCAUCUAAUUCCCGUGCGAAAUCGACAGCUGUCAUUCCACCCCCUGGUACAGUUGUCGGUUGUCCCAAACUCAAACGUCUUACACUGAGUUAUUGCAAACAUGUGACUGAUCGCUCGAUGGCGCAUCUGGCGGUUCAUGCUCAUAGUAGACUUGAGAGUAUGGAUCUUACGAGAUGUACUACAAUCACAGAUGGUGGCUUUCAACAUUGGAGUAUUUAUCGAUUUGACAGAUUGGAGAGAUUGAUCUUGGCGGAUUGUACUUAUCUGACUGAUAAUGCUAUUGUGUAUCUCACCAAUGCAGCUAAAGGGCUGAGGGAAUUGGAUCUGGUAUGUUUUUCCCUUCUCAUCAUCUUUUCUUCCAUUAAUUUUCGAUCAGUCCUUCUGUUGCGCCCUCUCCGACACCGCAACUGAAGUCCUUUCCCUCGGCUGCCCGCACCUCUCUUCCCUCAAACUUUCCUUCUGUGGCUCCGCCGUCUCAGACUCCUCCCUGAGAUCCAUCGGGCUUCAUCUCCUGGAACUCAGACACCUGAGUGUACGGGGCUGUGUGCGUGUCACGGGUGUUGGUGUUGAAGCUGUGGUGGAAGGAUGUCGAAUGCUGGAGUGGUUCGAUGUCUCGCAGUGUAAGAAUCUGGGGCGAUGGCUUGAGGGCGGAGGUAUCGAGAAGGUUGGAGGUGUGAGAGCGAAGGAGGGGAAAGGAUGGACAGGGGGCAUUGAGAAGAGGGUUGGUGUUGGAGCGAUGCGAAUGGGGAUGGGUAUGGGGAUGGGGCUGACUGGUAGGAGGGGUGGGAGGAGGGGGAUGGGAUCGAUGGGCAUGGGCAUCGGUCGAAGGAGUGGGGUUGUUUUCGAAGUUAGUAAGGGGGGAAAGGGGUUGAGGUGA